GAAUUAUUAAAAUAGCUUAAUGAAUUAAAUUAAAAAUGUGAUUAAAUAUUGCAAUUAAAUUGCAUUUAAAACUAGAUUAAACAAUAUGAAAUUUUCAUAUAAAAACGUUAAAAUCGUUUUUGAGUUUUCAGUCUUACUAGUAGACCUCUAAAAUGAUUACUGCAAAACUAUAUAUCGUUGGUGUUAUUAUAAUAUUGAUCAAGCUUACAGCAAUAAAGGCAGAGGUGGAUUGUAGUCAAGAUCCACCUCUUAUGAAUUUCAAUUAUUGCUGUGAAUUAUCAAAUGUUUUAUCGCCUGAAGUGAAAAAUAAAUGUAUUGAAUUAGAAUAUGGUGAUAACAAUGAUUCCACCACACAUAAACCUUGUUUCCUUUCGUGCGUUAUUAAUCAAACUGGCAUUUUAGUUAAUGAUGAAUUACAACUGGAUAAUUUGGAUACUUAUUUAUAUAAAGCGUUUGUUAAUUCCGAAAAUGUGGAGUUCUUGAGAAAAAAAUAUAUAUAUUGCAAUGAAAAACGUCGAGAAUUUUUAUUAAAUAUGACCGAUGCUAAUGAUGAUUCAAAGGACUGUGAACCUAAGCACUUUGCCAUAUUAUUGGGAUGUGUUAAUGAACAAGCCUUUAUCGACUGUCCAGAUUCUUCUUGGUUAAAUAUCGAAAAUUGCAAUAUAUCACGUGAUUAUGUAAAACAAUGUCAAUCAUAAGGAAUUUAUGAAAAUUAAUUGUAUGAUUGCAAAUUAACAAAAAUAAAUUUUUGGGGUGUUAUUCAUAAGCAUUUAUCAAA